AUGCCCUCCCUCCCCACCGCUAUCCCCGACACUGCGCUCGGCCUCUCCCAAUCCGAGCUACACAUUCUCCGCCAACACCAGCAGAUCGCUCUGUCCGCCCAACCUACGCCUACGCAUUCACAUAACCCCUCCCUAGCUUCCACUCGUGGUCGAGGGACCGCUCGAGUAAGCAAUAGUAGCUCUAGAGCGGCGAGCAAUGCCUCUAGCCAUGUGGGCGGAGGUGGGAGAAUGAUGCUGGAUGCAGGCUCAUUACAAGCUUUGGGCGCUCAUUUUGAGAGGUUGAUGAGCGCUAUCCAGCGGAAGGUUGAUAGUCUGAACGCGCAAACUUCUGCCUCCAUCUCUGCUCAGACCUCAAGGACAGCUACAUCUAUCGCACAAGCAGACAAAGAGAUCGCGCGUAUGAAAGACAUCAUUCGCAUGAUCGACGACCUCGAGAACGAAUACGACAAGGUCAGGCAUAUACGGGACAUCAUGGGGGUGGUAGAGGGAGGGGACGAUAGCAAAGACGUCACGACUCCCUCCCCUUCUGCGCCACCACCGGACAUGACGAAGAUUCACUCCCUCAAUAUUUGCGCAGAGGGCUACAUAAGAUCACAUAUCGCGAGAAACAGCCUCCAUGACGCCAAGACCGGCCGAGUCCCAGAGACAAACGGCCCGCAAAAGCAGGUCUCACGACCACGCACAUCCACCACCCAAUACCAUACACAGACCCAGGAAAGGAUCGAAUGA